UGCUGUCGUAUGAAUGUGUAAAAAAAUUUUCAACUUGGUAGUUGUGGAUCGUCUCGUUGAUCUAUAUAAUUGACAACAGUUUUUAUUCGGUUCUUUGUGCGGUAGAUAAUUGGAGGUUUGGAACAGGGGAUAGCAGGAGAGGAGGAUGGGGCAAGAAGAGGCGAAGAAGGUGGUGGUGGAGGGAUCAACGGAAGAAGCUGCCCCGCCGCCGGGGAAGCCUGAGAAGGACGUGGCAGAGGAGAAGUCGGUGAUUCCGCCUGCCCCGGAGGAGAAGGCCGACGAGCUGAAAUCUCUGGCCAUUGUGGAGAAGGCCACAGAUCAUCCAUCUACUGUGAAAAGCUCCAGUACUUCAAUUGAUAGAGAUGCUGUUCUUGCACGGGUUGAAACUGAGAAGAAAAUGUCUUUAAUCAGCGCUUGGGAAGAGAAUGAGAAGGCGAAGGCUGAGAACAAAGCUGUGAAGAAGAUGUCUGCCAUUACAGCAUGGGAGAAUGCAAAGAAAGCAGCAAUAGAAGCUGAACUGAAAAAAAUGGAGGAAGAGCUGGAAAAGAAGAAAGCAGAAUAUGCAGAAAAGAUGAAGAACAAGAUUGCCAUCAUUCACAAGGAAGCAGAAGAGAAGAGAGCCAUUGUAGAGGCAAAGCGUGGUGAAGAUAUUCUUAAGGUAGAUGAAAUCGCUGCAAAAUACCGUGCGACUGGCCUCACACCAAAGAAGCUAUUUGGAUGCUUAGGAUGAUUUGAUUUUUUUUUUUUUUUUUUUUUCUUUGCUUUGUUUGCCAAUUCUAUAUUGUGUUGUUGAUGAUUAUAAUUUGGGCUGUUCUUUCAGUUUGUGGUGUUUACAGUGUGUUCUUUGUAUAGAUAAAUGCAGCUUGCAAGAAACCAAUAACAACUAUUUGUAUUUUUUUUUAAGUUUGUAAUCAGUUGUUUUUUGUUUUGUCAAAUACUGAUAAAAAUAUCUGUAUCUGAAACUAAUUUCAUAAAAUUUCUCACAUUCUCUUA